UGCCUGCAGUAUUGUCAAGGGAAUGUAUUACAACAAAAUGUCAAAAGUGUGAUUGGAUUAAAAUAUGCUUUUGAAAUACUUUCAUUUAUUUAUGAAAUUUAAUUAUAAUUAUUGAACAAAUUCGUAUAAAAAAAUGGCUUGUUCUGCUCCUUUAGUUGAUGUUACGCCCGCUGUCGUUCCUGCUCAAGGAAUUCGAGCUACAAGAUUCAUGAUGGAAGGUGUUGGAGCUAGAGUUAUUAGGGGGCCAGAUUGGAAAUGGGGCAAACAGGAUGGCGGAGAAGGUCAUGUAGGAACCGUAAGGAAUUUUGAAUCUCCAGAAGAGGUAGUUGUGGUUUGGGAUAAUGGCACAGCUGCUAAUUAUAGGUGUUCAGGUGCAUUUGAUUUGAGAAUCUUUGACAGUGCUCCAACCAAAGUGAAGCAUGAUGGAACAAUGUGUGAUACAUGCAGACAGCAACCUAUAUUUGGUAUUCGUUGGAAAUGUGCUGAAUGUGGAAACUAUGACUUAUGUUCUGUAUGUUAUCAUGGGGAUAAGCAUCAACUAAGACAUAGAUUUUAUAGAAUCUCAACACCAGGCUGUGAAAGAGUUUUACUUGAACCAAGAAGAAAGAGCAAGAAAAUAACUGUUAGAGGCAUAUAUCCUGGUGCAAGGGUUGUAAGAGGGGUGGAUUGGCAAUGGGAAGACCAGGAUGGUGGUAAUGGUCGAAGAGGAAAAGUUAAUGAAAUACAGGAUUGGUCUGCAGCUAGUCCUAGAUCUGCAGCAUAUGUUGUAUGGGAUAAUGGUGCAAAAAAUUUGUACAGAGUUGGUUUUGAAGGAAUGGCUGAUUUGAAGGUUGCAAGUGAUGCUAAAGGUUUAACUGUGUACAGAGACCAUUUGCCAUUACUUGGAGAACAGGGUCCAGGAAGGUCAGGUCCUCAUGGUCUUCAGAUUGGUGAUCAAGUAAAUAUAGAUCUUGAGUUGGAAAUUGUUCAGUCACUGCAACUGGGACAUGGUGGAUGGACAGAAGGAAUGUUUGAAUGUUUGGGAACAACUGGUACGGUAGUUGGAAUCGAUGAAGAUCAUGACAUUGUUGUAUCCUACCCCAGUGGAAAUAGAUGGACAUUUAAUCCAGCAGUAUUAACCAAGGUAAUUAUACAAACUGCAAAUUCAGCUUCAAAUGAACAAGCUCAACAGUUCUCAGUAGGUGAUUUAGUGCAAAUAUGCAGUGAUCUAGAAAGAAUAAAGUUGCUUCAAAAAGGCCAUGGAGAGUGGGCUGAAGCUAUGGCACCAACAUUAAAUAAAAUUGGCAGAGUACAACAGAUAUAUCAUGACAAUGAUUUAAAAGUAGAAGUUUGUGGAACUUCCUGGACUUACAAUCCAAAUGCUGUUACAAAAAUAUCACCAACAGACAGUUCAGGUGCUGGGACUUCCAGUGGUGAACGAUUAUCAAUGCUGCUAAAAAAAUUAUUUGAAACACAUGUAUCUGGAGAUAUUAAUGAAGAACUUGUAAAGACUGCUGCAAAUGGUGAUGCAGUUAAAUGUGAAGAAAUUCUAAAACAAAGUCAGGCACAUACAGGCGGUGGAGGAGUUGAUAUUAAUGGAGUUUUUGCUGGACAUACAGCUUUGCAAGCCGCUAGUCAGCAUGGUUAUUUGGAGGUCAUAAAAGUUCUAUUACACUAUAAAGCUGAUGUAGAAAUGGAGGAUAAAGAUGGAGAUAGAGCAGUUCAUUUUGCUGCCUUUGGCGAUGAACCAGGAGUGAUGGAGUUAUUAGCAGCUUCAGGUGCAGAUCUAAAUGCUAGGAAUAAAAGGAGACAAACUGCUCUGCAUUUAGCUGUAAAUAAAGGUCAUGUUGGAGUUGUUAGAACAUUGUUAGAAUUAGCUUGCCAUCCGAGUUUACAGGAUUCUGAAGGGGAUACCCCAUUACAUGAUGCUAUAACUAAGAAAAGAAAUGAUAUGUUGACUUUACUGCUAGAUCAUAAUGCCGAUAUUACAUUAACAAAUAACAACGGUUUCAAUGCACUACAUCAUGCAGCACUUAGAGGAAACUUAAGUGCUAUGAAAAUAUUGUUAACAAAACUUCCAAGACCUUGGAUAGUGGAUGAGAAAAAAGAUGAUGGCUAUACUGCAUUGCAUUUAGCUGCACUUAACAAUCAUGUUGAAGUUGCGGAGCAGUUGGUUUUGUGUGGCAAAGCAGAUAUGGAUUUACAAAAUGUAAAUUUGCAAACUGCUCUACAUUUAGCUGUUGAACGUCAACACACACAAAUUGUUCGGUUACUAGUAAGAGAGGGUGCAAAUUUAAAUAUUUGUGAUAAAGAUGGUGAUACUCCACUACAUGAAGCCCUUCGUCAUCAUACGUUAUCUCAUUUACGACAAUUGCAAGAUGUUCAAGAUGUGGGAAAGCUAUUGAUGGGUUUAGGUACCACAGGUGCAGAUAAAAAAUCUUCUGCUAGAAUUGCUUGUUUUCUUGCAGGAAAUGGAGCAGAUCUUGGAAUCAAAAAUAAAAAAGGACAAACACCAUUGGAUCUUUGUUUGGAUCCAAAUCUGUGUAAUGCUCUUACUAAAUCAUAUAAGGAUCGCACAUCAGAUGAUUCAAUGGACAAUUUGGGACCUACAUUGUCAGGCUCUGAUAAUUUAGAUGUGUGCACAGAAGAUAAUGCACUUGAUGAAUGUUUAGUUUGCAGUGACAUGAAACGAGACACUAUUUUCUUCCCUUGUACACAUGUGUCUUGUUGCUACACUUGUGCUCCAAGAAUUAAGAAAUGUUUAAUAUGCAGAGAGAAUGUUGGAAAUAGAAUAAAGAUUGAAGAAUGUAUGGUAUGUUCAGAUCGUAAAUCUACAGUACUAUUUAAACCUUGCAAUCACAUGUGCGCUUGUGCAAAUUGCGCGACAUUGAUGAAAAAAUGUGUUAAAUGUCGAGCACAAAUUGAAACUUUGGUUCCAUUGAAUGUAUGUUGUGGAAAUAAUGGUUUAAUCUCAAAAGUUUCAAAUGAAAAUGUAGAUUCAGAAGGCAAAGAAAAUAAUCUAAAUGUAAAAUUACAAACAAACAACACAAACUGCAAUGUUUUAAAUAAGGAUGCAAAUCGAAUCAAUGUUAACAAUAGUGCUUCUGGAUUCAUGAAUAAUGGAAAUAGGGAUACAUCAAAUGAUGUUCAAAAGUUGCAACAACAACUUCAAGAUAUUAAAGAGCAGACAAUGUGUCCUGUUUGCUUGGAUCGCCUCAAAAACAUGAUAUUUUUGUGUGGCCAUGGAACUUGCCAAAUGUGUGGAGAUAGGAUGUCUGAAUGUCCAAUAUGCCGAAAGGCUGUUGAAAAACGUAUUUUAUUAUAUUGAGAAAUCAUUUUAUUCAAAUGUAGGAUGCUUUUAUUUGUUAUUCAUCCUUAUCAAGAUCAUUAACUAAUAUUAAUUUGAACUUAUUAUUGUCUUAUAGACAAAUAGUUACUGAAUAUUAUGCUA